GAACGAUUGAAGCAAGAAAAACGUGACGAGAAAAGAUUAAAUAAAGAGCGUAAAUUAGAGCAACGAAGAUUAGAAUUAGAAAUGGCAAAGGAACUAAAGAAGCCUAAUGAAGACAUGUGCUUAGCAGACCAAAAGCCUUUGCCAGAGUUGCCUCGUAUUCCAGGACUUGUUCUCUCUGGAAGUACAUUUUCAGACUGUCUCAUGGUGGUGCAGUUCUUACGUAACUUUGGUAAAGUUUUGGGCUUUGAUAUGAAUAUUGAUGUUCCAAACCUGAGUGUUCUUCAAGAGGGAUUGCUAAAUAUAGGGGACAGCAUGGGUGAAGUACAAGACUUGCUUGUGAGGCUCCUCUCAGCUGCUGUAUGUGAUCCAGGUCUAAUUACAGGAUACAAGGCCAAAACAACUCUUGGAGAACAUUUGCUGAACGUUGGUGUGAAUAGAGACAAUGUUUCCGAGAUUUUGCAGAUUUUUAUGGAAGCGCACUGUGGACAGACUGAGCUUACUGAAAGCCUGAAGACUAAAGCUUUUCAGGCUCAUACUCCAGCACAGAAAGCUUCAGCCCUGGCUUUCCUAAUCAAUGAACUUGCAUGCAGCAAGAGUGUGGUGAGUGAAAUCGACAAGAACAUUGAUUAUAUGUCAAACUUGAGGAGAGAUAAAUGGGUCGUAGAAGGUCAACUACGCAAGCUCAGAAUUAUUCAUGCUAAGAAAAUAGGCAAAAGAGACACUUCAGGUGGCAUUGAUCUUGGCGAAGAGCAACAUCCCUUGGGCACACCCACUCCAGGACGGAAGCGAAGAAGGAAGGGAGGAGACAGUGAUGAUGAUGAUGAUGAUGAUGAUGAUGAUGAUAGUGAUGACCAAGCUGAGGAAGAUGAUGAGGAUGAAGAAGAUAAAGAAGACAAAAAAGGAAAGAAGACCGAUAUCUGCGAAGAUGAGGAUGAAGGUGACCAAGCAGCAAGUGUUGAAGAGCUUGAAAAACAGAUUGAUAAACUGAGUAAACAACAGAGUCAGUACAGAAGGAAGCUCUUCGAUGCUUCUCACUCAUUGCGUUCGAUGAUGUUCGGCCAGGAUCGCUAUAGACGCCGUUACUGGAUUCUUCCCCAAUGUGGGGGGAUUUUUGUAGAAGGCAUGGAGAGUGGUGAAGGACUAGAAGAAAUUGCAAAAGAAAGAGAAAAACUAAAAAAGGCAGAAGCUAGUAUCCAGAUCAAAGAAGAAAUGUUUGAGACUUCUGGGGAUACUUUAAAUUGUUCAAAUACAGAUCAAUGUGAGCAAAAGGAAGAUCUUAAAGAAAAAGAUAACACAAAUCUGUUUCUUCAGAAACCUGGCUCUUUUUCCAAAUUAAGCAAGCUGUUAGAAGUAGCUAAGAUGCCUCCUGAGUCAGAUGUUAUAACCCCCAAACCAAAUGUUAGUGCAAAUGGCUGCACAUUGUCUUAUCAAAACAGUGGAAAACAUUCAUUGGGCAGCAUUCCAUCAACAGCAUCACAAAGCAAUGUGGAAAAGACAGACUCUAAUAAUCUGUUUAAUACUGGUUCUAGUGGUCAAGGGAAGUUCUACAGUCCUCUCCCCAAUGACCAGUUGUUAAAAACACUGACUGAAAAGAAUAGACAAUGGUUUAGCCUUUUGCCGAGAACACCUUGUGAUGACACUUCACUAACACAUACCAAUAUGUCAACUACUUCUUUAGUGACUCCUCAGUCUCAAUCACCAUCUAAGUCACCUUCACCUGCCCCAGCUCCUCUUCUUGGGUCAUCUUCUGCUCAGAAUCCCGUAGGCCUAAAUCCAUUCGCUUUAUCACCUCUUCAGAUGAAAAGUGGAGUAUCUGUGAUGGGACUUCAGUUUUGUGGGUGGCCCACUGGUGUCCUUACUUCCAACAUUCCAUUUACAUCACCUUUACCUAGUCUGGGAUCAGGGUUAGGAUUAUCAGAAGGAAAUGGUAAUUCAUUCUUGACUUCCAAUGUUGCUUCAAGUAAAAGUGAAUCUCCAGUACCACAGAAUGAAAAGGUCUCUUCAACUCAACCUGCACCUGUUGAAGUGGCAAAACCAGUAGAUUUUCCUAGUCCAAAACCUAUUCCAGAAGAAAUGCAGUUUGGUUGGUGGAGAAUUAUUGACCCAGAGGACUUAAAAGCUUUGCUUAAAGUGCUACAUCUCAGAGGAAUAAGAGAAAAGGCAUUACAAAAACAAAUUCAGAAGCACUUGGAUUAUAUUACUCAAGCCUGCAUCAAGAAUAAGGAUGUUGCUAUUAUUGAAUUAAAUGAAAAUGAAGAAAACCAGGUAACUCGAGAUAUUGUGGAGAACUGGUCAGUAGAAGAGCAAGCAAUGGAAAUGGAUUUGAGUAUCCUUCAACAGGUAGAAGAUCUAGAAAGGAGAGUUGCAUCAGCAAGUUUGCAAGUAAAGGGUUGGAUGUGUCCAGAGCCUGCAUCAGAAAGGGAGGAUUUGGUAUAUUUUGAACAUAAAUCAUUUACUAAAUUGUGCAAGGAACAUGAUGGAGAAUUUACUGGCGAAGAAGAAAGCAGUGCAUGUGCACUAGAACGGAAGAGUGACAACCCCCUAGAUAUAGCUGUAACCAGGCUGGCUGAUUUGGAGCGGAACAUUGAAAGAAGAAUUGAAGAGGAUAUUGCUCCAGGGCUCAGGGUAUGGAGAAGGGCAUUAUCAGAAGCUCGCAGUGCUGCACAGGUAGCUCUGUGCAUUCAGCAGUUACAGAAAUCAAUAGCAUGGGAAAAAUCAAUUAUGAAAGUUUACUGCCAAAUCUGUCGAAAGGGAGAUAAUGAAGAACUGCUUCUCCUCUGUGAUGGCUGUGACAAAGGCUGUCAUACAUACUGCCAUAGACCCAAGAUUACCACUAUACCAGAUGGGGACUGGUUUUGUCCAGCUUGCAUUGCUAAGGCAAGUGGUCAAACUCUAAAAAUCAAAAAGCUUCAUGUCAAAGGCAAAAAGACUACUGAGACAAAGAAAGGCAAAAAAGUAACUUUAAUAGGGGAUACUGAAGAUGAAGACUCUGCAUCUACAAGUAGUUCACUAAAAAAAGGAAACAAAGACCUCAAAAAAAGAAAAAUGGAGGAAAACACUUCUAUUCACUUGUCAAAACAAGAAAGCUUUACUUCUGUUAAGAAACCUAAAAGAGAUGACUCCAAGGACCUAGCUCUUUGCAGUAUGAUCCUGACUGAGAUGGAAACUCAUGAGGAUGCAUGGCCUUUUCUCCUUCCUGUAAACUUGAAACUUGUUCCUGGUUAUAGGAAAGUUAUUAAGAAGCCUAUGGAUUUUUCCACAAUUAGAGAGAAACUAAGUAGUGGACAGUAUCCAAACCUUGAAACCUUUGCUCUAGACGUCAGGCUUGUUUUUGACAACUGUGAAACGUUUAAUGAAGAUGAUUCUGAUAUAGGCAGAGCUGGCCACAGUAUGAGGAAGUAUUUUGAAAAAAAGUGGACAGAUACUUUCAAAGUGAGCUGAAGUUAUAAUAAUCUCUCUCUCUCUCUUUUUUUCCUUUUAAACAAGGACAAAUGAGACCAGCAAUGUGAACUGUAUUUACAUAAACGUGCAAGGCACAUACAUAAUGACUUUUUUUUCCUUAAAAUAAGUAUAUUAAAAAAAGUAUCAGAAGAAUGAUACCAUUUUUAAAGGCUUCACUCCUGCAACAACCAAGGCCCUUGGUUAUUGGUUUGUGUGGUUUAUCAGCUAACUUAGGUAGAACAGGGAAGCACACCCAAAGAAUUUUCAAAGGAAAGGGUGUUAUAGUGCAAUAGCAAUUAAAAUAUAUCAAAUCGCACUGAAUACUCAACACCAGAGCUCUAAUGUGGGAAAUGGUUCUCCUUUCCCUCUCAAUAAAUAUCUAUUUUUCAUUUUUUUACUUUGUAGUUUAUUUUUUAGUGAAUGUAUUUAAUUUUAUGAAUUAUUUAUGAUUAAACCACAUCCAGAAUCUUCGUUUUCUGUGAAAAGGAAGAACUAGAAAAUUGCUUUAAAUCUUGAAAAUACAACAAGGAAUGUUUUAAAAUAUAAAACAAAGCCAAGUUAAACUGUUUACACUGAUGUGCUAUAAAAGCACCAAAAAUAAACUUUACUGUAGAGUUACAAGUACAUUUAUAUAUAUAUAUAUGUUGCUGCAUCACUUGUGUAGUUAAAUUGUAUUUCAAGACAGUGAAAACAUUGACUUGUAUAUACUGUUCAUUAUUGUUUAUAUUAAGUCUUGUUUUAAAUAUGUAUUAUGUGUAUAUAUUGUUUGCAGACAUUAUUGUUUAUGCCUUAGAAUGAUUGUAGCAUUUUAUUUUAGUCUGAAGGUAAUUAUAGCUAUACAGCUUGUACAGUAAUUAUCCUCUACCAACACUGUGGCGUCUCCUUAAUCUUGGUAGUGCCUGCCUUUGAAACAGGGUGUAGGGGAUAUUAGUUUUCCAUUUUUCUAUUUUGUUACAUAAUUUUAAGCCACCAGGGCCUAAAUUAAAGUAUAAUCAUUUGUAUCCAUGUGGAAUAAAAUUGUGACAAUUUCCUACGCACACAGUAUUUUUUCAUAGAAACAUUUCCCUCCCAUUUGCCUUGCCUCAGAAAUAAAUUUAAAAGACAUUUGUAACCACUGUGUUUUAUCUACUGUGUGUUGUGGUGGCCUGUUGGAGGCGGAUAGAUCAGAAUUUUUUUUGUACCUAUGUAAGAGUCCUUGAAGUUUUAUUUAAAAUAAAAUGUUGUGGAAAAGGUAGCAUUCUUUUUUUUAGGAGUGUUAUUUUUCACUACUAUGUGUGGCACGGAUACAAUAAAAGACUUUUACAAACUA